GUCUUUUAGGUUGUGUCAUUUGUGGAUACAUUUGAUAAGAGGUUUGAGCAUAGGGUGGAGUAAACCCUAGUGGAUACAAUGGAUCUUCCCUAUCAUUGGUAUUUUCUUGGGCUUGAGGAUCUUUCUCAGUAGUUACUUCUUCAGCAACCCAUUUUUCCUUGGUCAUUUUCUUCAUCAUGUCCAUCAUUGCAACCAUUUCUUUUUGAGUUUCUUCUUGAGUCUUAGUCAUUUGUUCUAUCAACUCUUGUUGAGACCUAAUAAUUUGCUCAUGUAUAUCAAAUUGAGCUUUUUCUUAUCAAAUUGAGUUUCUUCUUGAGUCUUAGUCAUUUGUUCUAUCAACCCAGGACUCGUUUUUUGGCAACAAAAACUGCAGAAAAGAAAAAUAUGGAGAAAUUGAGCCCAUGCAUUCUGUUGUUAGCUUGUGUGGUGGCUUCUGCUGCUGCUCAAAGUGCUUCCAAUGUGAGAGCUACUUACCAUCUUUACAAUCCUGAACAGAAUAACUGGGACUUGACUGCGGUAAGUGCUUUCUGCGCUACAUGGGAUGCCAAUAGGCCUUUGGAAUGGCGCCGGAGAUAUGGAUGGACCGCCUUCUGUGGUCCAGUUGGUCCUCAAGGGCAAGCUGCUUGUGGCAGGUGCUCAAGGGUGACCAACACUGAGACUGGAACUUCGGCAACAGUGAGAAUCGUCCAUCAAUGCAGCAACGGAGGUCUAGAUUUGGACAUCAAUGUGUUUAGACAACUCGACACUAAUGGGAAUGGCUAUGCACGAGGGCAUCUUAUUGUGAACUAUGCCUUUGUGGAUUGUGGUGACUAAACCACUUGCCCUAUUCCCAUUCAU